AUAUGGAAGUAAGUACACUGAAAGGAAGGAAUCCAAAUAUAGUAGCAAAAAUGGAAUAUUUGAUGCAUUCAACGAAACAAUUAUUGGAUAUAAAUGGCAAUUACAAGAAGUUAUUAUUGGGACCAAAAGCUGGGGAUGUUGGAAUGCUCGCCGUUGGGAAUCUAGUUUAUUAUUGUCGUGAUUGUGUUGGCGAGUUAAUCGCAGAUCAUUUGAAUCUAUCGAUGAAGGAUUAUAAUCAGAUAUGGAAGACGAUCGAGGAAGAACUUAAAAAUAAUAACGUUUUUACAAAAUAUUGUAGAUUUUGGGCACAAAAAAAUAACACCACCAGUCAGGAUGAUUUUAUGUUUAGUAAUAGCAGUAAUAGUUACAUUAAUAGCCUUAAUAGAAGAUUGUAUCGUGCUUUGCUAAAAAAUUCUGCAAUUAUGACUCCAACUACAUUAAACUCAGCUCAUAUAAUGCUAAAUCAUGCUAAAAACACAUUAUCUCAAAGAUAUUGCAAAAGUAAAUCUUUCAUCACCACAACUUCCACCCUCACUAGAGGAACAGAUAUUGAUCAUAAAAAACUCCAAAUUCAACGCUCUGAAAAUUUAAAACCACUCAUUCCAAAUAAAGAUCUUAUAUUUGGCAAAUCAUUCAGCGAUCACAUGUUGAGUAUCGAAUGGAAUUCAAAAGAUGGUUGGUCAAGUCCUAUAAUAAAGCCUUAUGGCAAGAUUUCAUUGGAGCCAAGCGCAAUGGUUUUCCACUACUCGUUUGAAUGUUUCGAAGGUUUGAAGGCUUAUAAGGAUAAGGACAACAGAAUAAGAAUGUUUAGACCCGAUAUGAAUAUGGAAAGAUUUAAGGCUUCCGCUAAAAGACUCACUUUACCCGAUUUUAAUGGCGAAGAAUUAAUUGAAUGUUUGAAAAAACUUUUAAUUCUUGAAAAUCGUUGGAUUUCAAAUGAACGAGGCUACUCAUUAUACGUACGUCCAACUUUGAUUGGUACACAGGAAUCAUUAGGUGUUGGCGAGUGUACUCGUGCACUACUAUUUGUUAUUUGUUCACCAGUUGGUCCAUACUAUAAAACUGGAUUCAGUGCUGUGAAAUUAUUAGCAACCACCGACAAUGUUAGAGCUUGGCCUGGUGGAACUGGUGACGCUAAGAUUGGUGGAAAUUAUGCUCCUUGUGUAAAACCUCAGGUAGAAGCAGCAAGAAGAGGCUACCAACAAAAUUUAUGGUUAUUUGGUGAUGAUGAUGAAAUCACCGAGGUUGGGACGAUGAAUUGUUUCAUACUGUUGAAAAAUAAUUCUGGAGAGGUUGAGCUUGUUACACCACCAUUAAAUGGAACUAUACUUGCAGGUGUCACACGUGACUCAAUAAUAAGUUUAGCUAAAUCAUGGAACGAAUUUAAAGUUUCAGAGCGUAAAAUCGUAAUGUCUGAAGUGGUGGAGGCUUUGGAGGAUGGUCGUUUAUAUGAGAUGUUUGGAUCUGGUACUGCUUGUAUAGUCAGUCCUAUCAAAGGUAUACAUUAUCGUGGGAAAGAUUUAGUGGUGCCGCUAGAUCCAAAAAAUCCCAACCAAAAUGCCGGCCCUAUCACAAGAAGAUUUGCUGAUACUUUAAUGGGAAUACAAUAUGGUGAAAUACCACAUGAAUGGUCUAUUGUUUUAUAA